UCAAUUCUUUCGCCGUCGCGUCGUCCUUCGUCUACGGCGCCGGCAGCGGUCCAACAGUCAGCUCGUUUUAAUUUGGACCAACGCCUGUGUCCAUCCGGAGUGCAUGCCUGCCUGCAUGCAGCUACCUUUCAUCUCGGAUGCGUCACCUACUGCUACGACACUUGAUGAAUUGUGCAUGUACUACUAGACCAAUAAGCUACAAGCAGGGACGUGAUCAAGUUUUAAUUACAAGGGUCGUACUCGUACGCGCGCAUGGAUCCAGAUUGAUCGAUGAGACAAUGAGGCUUCGACCAUAUCUCUUCCGAUCCUGCCCGCGCGAUCUGCAGUCACAACAGCGCUGCCACGCCAAACCACCCACACGAGCGCGCAUGGCGCCUCCGGCGGCCCUGCAGAACGCCAAGCGCUACACCCUGGCGGCCCUCGCGGCGACGCUCGCCGUGGCGGCCGUCGUCACCGUCGCUUCCGUCGUGCUGCGCCCGGCGCGCGUCACCUUCUCCGUCGCCCGCACGGGCUUCCGCCGCACGCCCGGCGGCGGCCUGCUCCUCAACCUCACCCUCGCCGCCGACAACCGCAGCCGGCACGCGGCGGUGGCGUACAGGAGCAUGUUCGUCGACGUGGGCAACAGCACGACGGCGCCGCCGCGGGGCAGCUGGGUCCGGGCCACGGUGGCCGCGCCCAUGCCGCUGCGGCAGCCGGGCCGCAGCGCCGUGGCCGUCGCCGCGACGGUGGACCUGGUGGGCGCGGCCCUCGCCGCGGCCUUCACGGGCAACAUGACCGCCAGCCUCGCCGUGAUGCUCACCGCGCAGGCGAAGUUCAGGGUCGGCGUCGCGUGGACGAGGCUCUACGACAUCAAGGUCUCCUGCGGGCCAGUCAGCUUCUUCCCCGCGCCCCCCGGCGCCGGCGCCGGCGGCGCGGCGAGACUGCCGGUCUACUGCGUCUAGGUAGCUGGCGUGCGCGGCGGCGCAUCCCUUCCAGGAUCAAUUCCAAUUCCGGUGUACGAUUUGGCUGCGGUUUUCCUCGUUUCAAAAGAUUUGAGGUCUUCUCUGUUAAAUUUCUGCCAGUUUGUACAACUAAUUAUGAUCCGAUGUGCAAUGGAAGAGUUACUUAA